AAAUUAAAAAGCAGAAAGAUUUAACGAACGUCUCUCCUCCUGAGGUCUUCUUCUCUGGCAUAAAUUUGCAUAGGGUUUAACUCUCUCUCUCUCCGUAUACACAAGACCUCUGGGCUUCUCUGCUUUUUGAAUCAAUCCACAGAGUCAUGGGAAGAUUCAACUGGGUUCUGCGGCAUUUACAGGCACGACGAACAUUCGAUUCCUCGUUGGGAUUUCGACAAGGGUCUCAGAAGCCGUUGUUCGAGCGUUAUAUUCACGCUACAGGAAUAUCAUGCGCCAGUGCUCGUAAUUACUAUGAUGUUCUCGGUGUUUCUCAAAAAGCUACCCGCGAGGAGAUUAAAAAGUCAUUCCAUGAGCUUGCCAAAAAAUUCCACCCUGAUACAAAUAGAAAUAAUCCUUCUGCAAAAAGAAAAUUCCAGGAAGUAAGAGAGGCAUAUGAGACCCUUGGAAAUUCAGAAAGAAGAGAAGAAUAUGAUAAGCUGCGCUACCGGAGUUCUGAUCAUGUAAAUAGUGACGGUGGUGAUGCAGAGAGGUUCAGACGUGCCUACCAAUCUAAUUUCUCGGACUCGUUCCACAAGAUUUUUUCUGAGAUAUUUGAGAACGAUCGGUUUCAACCUGAUAUUCGGGUGGAGCUGUCGCUUUCUCUUUCCGAAGCUGCAAAAGGGUGCACAAAACGUUUGUCUUUUGAUGCAUAUGUCUUUUGUGAUUCCUGUGAUGGGCUUGGCCACCCUCGUGAUGCUGCCAUGGGAGUUUGUCCAACAUGCAGGGGCGUUGGACGAGUAACUGUUCCUCCUUUUACAGCAUCAUGCCAGACGUGCAAGGGGUCGGGACACAUUGUUAAGGAGUAUUGCAUGUCUUGUAGAGGAUCCGGUGUUGUGGAAGCUACAAAGACAGUUCAACUUGUGAUCCCUGGGGGGGUGGAGUCUGAUGCUACGAUCCCAAUUCCAGGUGCCGGCCAUGUAAGAUCAAGAACAAGUCAACCUGGGAACUUGUAUAUCAAACUAAAGGUUGCUGAUGAUUCAAUUUUCACUAGGGAUGGCCCAGAUAUUUAUGUGGAUGCUAACAUUAGCUUUACACAAGCCAUUUUGGGAGGCAUAGUUGUGGUGCCAACGCUCUCAGGAAAGAUGCAGCUAGAUAUACCAGAGGGAACUCAGCCUGGUCAACUUCUUGUUUUAAGAGGCAAAGGACUACCGAGACAAGGCUUUUUUGUAGAUCAUGGAGAUCAGUAUGUCCGCUUCCGUGUCAACAUUCCUACUGAAGUGAAUGAACGUCAGCGUGCUAUACUGGAAGAGUUUGCAAAGGAAGAAAUCAACAAUGAGUUGAGUGGUUCUGCUGAAGGAAGUUGUAAUGAAGAAUCAUGAAAAUGAAUCAAACAGGAUUUACCAGAAGCUCUCUACUGGUUGAACUUACAGGUGGAAUCGAACGAGUCCUCAGAUCAUACGCGAUUUCUCUUUAAUCGUGCUGCUGGUGCUAUUGUUCAACAAGUUAAUGGGAUGAAACCGCCACGAGAGAUGAGAGAUAAAAGCAUUCAGCAGAAGACAACAAGACUAAUUUCAUCUAUUGCUGGAAAAACGUACAGUUCAACAGCAUAACAGAAAGGGCAAGGGUCAUGAUUUUGACUUCAUAUUUUAUCACAAACCCAUUUGAUGUGAAUAAUAAGAGACAUCCACAAGUACAGCUGAUAAAAAUAAGGAAAAAAAAAACUCCUCAAGAGUUGUGUUUUUGGAGUAGUUCCACAAGUUAUUAAAACAUCCUCUGUCUGAUCUAACUACAGGGCUGAUAUGAGUACUAUAAUGUUUUUGAAAUAAUCUAUGAUUCGUUUAGUUUUAACACUCA